AGAGAAAAAAAAUAAAACUACAACGCCGCGCGAAUGGCCUUGCAUCAACUCGCUUUCUGAUAUCAAUAACUGGCACGAUGAGGCUGGAUAUUAUGGGGGGGACCUUUUCUAAAUUCAGGCGUGACUGAGGACAGGCCGGUCUGACGGGGAAAAGAGACGGAGAAGGGUCCUCUCCCUGACACCGUGGACACUGUUAAUCUGGAAAGCGGCAGCGGCCCGUGCCCGUGACUGUGCGUUUGCGACAGAUAGACGGACGGACCGGACGGACGGACGAUGGUGGAAGUGGUGUUUCUCCACCCGGAUUUGGGAAUCGGCGGUGCCGAGCGGCUGGUAGUGGACGCGGCGUUGGCCCUGCGCAGGCGCGGUUGCGGAGUACAAAUCUGGACGGCUCACUUUGACCAUGCGCACUGUUUCUCGGAGUGCCGGCGGUUGGCACUGUCCGUACACUGUGUGGGGGACUGGCUGCCCCGGACACUGCUAGGCCGCUGCUCGGCCUUGUGUGCCUACCUGCGGAUGCUGUACGUGGCCUGGUACCUGGUCUUCCUCAGCGGCGUUGAGUUUGACGUGGUUUUCUGCGACCAGGUGUCGGCCUGUAUCCCCGUGCUCAAGUUGUGCCGGCGAGCCAAGCGGGUCCUCUUCUACUGCCACUUCCCGGACAGGCUGCUGCAGAGCGGCAGGCCCGGCCUCUGCCAGCGGCUCUACCGCCUUCCCAUCGACUGGCUGGAGGAGUACACGACGGGCCUGGCCGACCUGAUACUGGUCAACAGCAAGUUCACGGCCGGAGUCUUCAGGCGCACCUUCCGCACCCUGUCCCACCUGGAGCCUGAUGUCCUCUACCCGUCGCUCAGCUUCGCCGAGCCUGUGGGCGGCCAGCACUUGGAAGAGGACGAGCUGCUCGGGCACGUCGGGGACUUCGUCUUCCUCUCCAUCAACCGCUUCGAGAGGAAGAAGAACCUGGGCCUGGCUCUGCAGGCCUUGCACUGCCUCCGGGACAGGUUAGGCCAGGCGGACUGGCAGCAGGUUCACCUGGUGCUGGCAGGGGGCUACGACCCGCGGGUACCGGAGAACGUCGAGCAUUACCGGGAGUUGCAGGAGAUGGCGGCCCAGCUGCAGCUGGCCGACAGGGUGACCUUCCUCCGCUCAUUCUCCGACCAGCGGAAGGUUUCCCUACUCCGCCGUUGUCGUUGCGUCUUGUACACGCCGAGCAACGAGCAUUUUGGCAUCGUGCCAUUGGAGGCCAUGUACAGCCGGCGGCCGGUCAUCGCUGUGAACUCAGGCGGGCCCCUGGAGUCGGUGGUGGACCAAGUCACCGGCUUUCUUCGGCAGCCGUCACCAAGCAAUUUCGCUGAAGCCAUGGAAAAGCUCGUUAGGAAUCCCGAUUUAGGGGCAAAAAUGGGGGAGGCCGGAAGAAGUCGAGUCCUGCAAACAUUUUCUGUGGAUGCCUUUACAGAGCGAUUGUAUCAGUACAUCUGCAAGUUAACACAAUGAAAGUCGCUCGUGUAGAAUAACAGCGGCAAGUUAAAAAUGAAGAUUCAUUUUGCAUAAUGCAAAAUCAAACCUGAUUCAGUGACUACGCAAGGGAAUGCAUAGUUAUUUUCUGUUUUGUGACUAUCGAUUGUGCACCCAAUUACUGUGAGUGAAGAGAAAUUUGAGGCUUGAACUGCGGUGUGCGAUGAAGUGUGUGAAUCAGUUGCUUAGGAAGACGCUGGAAAAAGAACAAUUCAACUUGCUACUGGGAGGAAUGAAUCUGGCUGUCACACAGGGGAAUGGUCGUUUGCUGGUUAGAUUGUCUUGUAGUGAUACAAAUGGAAGAAUAUCUGGCAGAAAUUCUUGAUGCAGAUAUCUUAAAAUUGUCAGUACAAGUGCAAACAAAUUUUUGUCCUGAAAAAUCCAGUUUGAAAAACUAAGGUUUCAGAGAGAUGUCAGUUUGGCUGAUUUCAAAAGCACACUUGUUUACAAAAAAAUUCUAAUGGUUUUUAAAGGAAUUUUUAGAGAGGAAACCAAAAAAGACUGAUCCAAGGAUGAGGGUUAAAUAAACUGGGAUUAGAAGAGUUAGAUGUUAUGAGGUGGAAGGAUGAUCAUUUGAUGUGCAAACAGUGUCUGGCCAGUUGCCCAGUCAGCCAAAUAGCCUGUUUCUAUUGUUUUUAAACAUUGACCAGGAAGGACAGCCCUGUUAGUGCUGGACCUAAAACAAAAGGCAAAUAGUUAUCAGAAACAUCAAAAUUUAAAUUAAAAUCUGAUUCCUGGGGGUAAUGAUGCAGUCUAAGCCUUGCAAAGGCUGCUGGAAAAUAGGUUGUUCCGAUGUUGUAUGACAUAGAAAGUUGACCAGCUACUGAAUAUUGUGUAAUAUUUACAUGGGGUUUCUGUGAUUACUAAUCCAUUUGAAAAUAGAUCCUCCAACCAAAGAAGUUUGAGGAUCACUGCUUUCUUUAUACAUAGGGCUACACUUCCUCUGAUAUAUUCUUUAAGUAUAUGACUAAUGUCAGAACAUAUUGUGAUCAGGUGCAUUAAAUGGCACAGUGGUCAGUACUGUUGCCUCAGCACCAGGAACCCGGGUUCAAUUUCAGCCUUGGGUGACUGUCAAUGUGAGGUUUGCACGUUCUCCUGCUAUCUGUGUGGGUUUCCAUUGGAUGCUCUGGUUUCCCCUCAAAUUCUAAAGAUGUGCAGCUUACGUGAAUUGGCCAUGCUAAAUUGCCCCAUGGCAUCCAAGGAUGUGCAGGCUAAGUGGAUUAGACAUGAUAAAUGUAGGGCUGCAGGUAGCAGCUAGGUUUGGGUACAAUGUUCUUCAGAGGGUCUGUACAGAUCACUGGGCCAAAUGCCCUCUUCCUGUACUGUAGGGAUUCUGUGUACAAUGCUAACAGGUCAUUUUUGUUUUGUACUUGUAAAGCCAUUUCAGCUUUGCAUUUUGGGUUUAAAAUCAUUUAAAGCAAUUAGACAAGAAAUCAGUGUUUCCACUGGACAUAAUUUCUUACCACUUCAGUUGUAAUAUGGCCACAGUGGAAAUGCCACUGCCAUAAAUUAGAAUUUCACAAGGUCCAAGGUAGCAAUUUUUAAAAACACUUAGAAUCUGUUUUAUGUAAGCAGGGUCAAAUGCUUAGUUUCACUGCUAUAGUAAAGUUCAACAGACUGUCAGAACAGUUGAGGAAUAUGCAACUGAAAAUGUAACUUGAUCUGUUCUCUCUUGAAGAGACACCAGUAUCUGAAAUGAUAUUGUUUAAAUGGGACAAUGUAAACAUCAGUGCAAGAAAUACUACUGAAUAUCUUUCUAUUGAUAUUUUAGAGAAUAAAUUGAUCUUGGAAGAUGUUGGGGAAUUUUUGUACAAAUAAAGAAACAAUGUUGUAGAACAAAUUAACACUUAUUUAACCUCCAUUUUCAUUUUCUGAUGAAUGUGUAGUUGCAUGUUUGCAAGGACUAAAUUCAUACAACAUAGACUUAGAACUUUGUGAUUCAGAUUAAAGUCGCACAGUGGGGCUUGAGCAGAACAAUCAAGGUUAACAAUCCAGUAUGGUACUGAGCAAGUCCUGUAUGCUGAGGUAUUGUCUUUCAGAUGAGACAGCAAGACACAGCCGAAUCUGCCUGCUCAGGUUGAUUUUAGAAGAUUCUGUGCCUUUAUUUAGGUAAAGAGAAGCUAAUUGAGUACUUUCAGACAUGUAGUCACUGUCAAAAAUCACAGCAGCUAAAUUGAGCUCAGGAAACUGUCAAACAAUAUUGUUUGACAAUGACAGAUAAUCUGUUUGUUCUGAUGCCCGUUAUGGAAUGGAUAUUGUCCAGAAUGCUGGAUUAACUACCUAGAUCAUCUUUGAAAUAGAGCCAUGAGAUCCUUUGCAUCAACAUCUGCAGGCAGAUGGGGCCUUGCGUUUAAUAUCUCAUUUGAAAAUGACAGCACUUCUGAUGGGGACCAGGUUCCUUCAGUAUCUUCCCCAUUUUUAUGUUCGAGUGAAAUGGGACUUGAACCUGAGCCCUUGUGCCUUGAAUAUCAGCUAGGGAACUGGUCUAGUUGAAUCGGUGUGCUGAGAUCACGCAUAGAUUCCAGUCUUGUUUAAUGUGAAUAUCAUGGAUCUGCAAUCACUUUCCAAUUAAAUGACUGGAAAAGACACCUGGUUUCAUUUAAGUUUUUGAGUUGUAUGUAUUUAUUUGUCUAAAUAAGAUGAAAAUUCUCCAACUCCUAUGGGUAUAUGCAUGUGGUCUGGUUCACGUAUACAAAAUUAGGUUACAAGGUAGGAUGAAACAUUUUAAAAGUCUACUUCAGAUUAAAGUGGUAUGGCUUUUUCAAGGUGAUGUUUUGAGAGGGGGGCCCAUCUGGGAGUGGCGGAUCUUCUGCUUUUGCCUUUCAGGCAGUUUAGAGAUGCAAGUGGAUGGUUAAUCUGUGUUCUUCUGGACCCAACAGGUCUGUGUUAAAAUAAAAACAAAAAUACAGGGGAAUCUCUGGUCAGGCAGCAUCUGUAGAGAGGAAAACUGAAUUUGACAUAGACAGUCUAGUAUGAUUCUUCAGAGUCUUCUCCUUGGAUCUCUUUCCUCCUGCCUGCCCACUUCCCCAAAAAAAACAUUUUUAGAAAGGAUAGCUUCAUAACAGUAGUCCCAAAACACAACAAAUGCAACUAUUUAAGGCCGUUACAAAAGGGAUUGGAUAUUGAAUAAAGUUCAAUGAAUCAAAUUAGCUCUAAUGCAUUUUCAUCAGAUAGAGUAGUGGCUGGCCGCCCUCCAAGUGGUGAGGUGUCAUUUUGAGACCACUUCAUCUAUAAUGACACUAAAACUGUAUACCGAAUUGGAGGUGUGGUCUCAACAAUGCCCUUAUGUUUAUAUUCCCUCUCCCAUCUCCAUUGAGCUUAUCUUGCCCACGAAACCUAUCUCUUUGUCUCUUGGCCCUAAUCCUAUUAAACUACUAACAAUCAAACUGACCUUCCUGGCUCCUAUGUCAGUGGAUAGGACUUUCUACUCCUGAUCCGACCCUCUUCAAAUCUGCAAUCGUUAACCUGUUCUCAAAGGGCCAACCCUUGAUCCCUCCAUCAUUGCAAUCUGUGACCCCAUCUCCAACUUCCCCUUCUUCAAGAAUCUUAAGCAUCUUACUGGCCUUCACAUUGAUCAUCUUCCAUGUCUGAAUCUUUGCAAUCACAUUUCCAGUUCUUGAUAAGUACCAAAACAAUUAUUUGAAAAUGUCACAAAUAACAUCCUUUGUCAUUGUGACAAAGGUGAACUAUUCCUCUUUGUAUUCUUAACCUGUUUGCAACCUUUGACACAGUGACUAUGACUGAAUAACUAUAUGGCCAUCCUUCUCCAAUACCUAUCGCCUGUCGUUUGGCUGAGUGGGACCGUACUUAACUAUUUCCCGUCUUACCCAUUUACUGCUUGCCGCACACUCACUCAAUGGCUUCUCUUGCAGCAUUAUUUGUGGGUUACUCUGAGGAUCAAUCUGUGGUCCCCAUCUAUUUCUCAAUUCUUGCUGUUCUCAGUGACAUCAUUUGAAAACACAUUGCAUUCCAAUCACCUCUCUUGAUUUGACCUGUUUCUGCUGUCUGGUAUGCCAUGUUUAUCUGUCUUGCCCCAUCCAUGUAGUGCAUCUGAAACCACAUUCUGAUAUUUAUGUCCCACCAUGUCAGGGUCAACCUUUCUUUUCAGUGCCCUCCACUUUGCUGUCUAGAACGGAUCUCUUUUUUUUUCAGCUCCAAUCAAGUGGCUGAAGUAUUUUCUUUUCCAGAUGUAUUUCUUUUUAGCUCUUUUUUUUCCCCUUCUGACCUGCAUAUAGAACUUUUAGCAAGUAUUAGCAUCAUAUUUCAAAGGCCUAUACUUUCUGCAAAAUUGUUUUACUAAUUAGCAGGUUUUUGAAUCAUCAGGGAGGUGGAUAGAAUGUGGUGUUGUAUGAAUAGGUUUCUUUGUUGUACACUUGAGAUUGCUUGCUGUUAACAUAUCCUUCAUCUUCACAAAAUGACUCAGGCUAUGAUGGUGGAGAUAGCCAAUACCAAAUGGCAAAUAUCAGGCUAGAUAAAGGAUAACCAGACAUCUUUCAAGAAAAAGGAGUAUGUCAACUACUGUAAACCAAAGUAAUUUAGUUUAUACACAAAAAAAAUUCAGAAUUAAAUGAGCUUCUUGGGGUAAAAUUGAAGGCAAGACCAUAACAAAAUUUGUUCCUUCCCUGUUUCUAAAUUAAUAGGUGCUCAUCUGAGGUCUAAUGCUGGAUGAGCAGAAAUUUCACCACGUUUGUAUUAGAAAGAUUGAAAUCAUAUCUUUGUUUCACAUUACAGACACUACUAGCUCCAUUCAUCUCUCUUGUAUUUGUCUAAGGCUGGUCCAGAUUGUUCAUAGCUUCUGUAUCACGUUUGACCCCAAUACGAGUUUUCAAACAGUUAUCCAAGUAAUCACUAAACCUGCCUAUUUCCAUUGCAUAACAAUAUCUGCAUAUCAGCCCUUGUAUUUCAUCUGCUGCCGAAAUCCUCACUCGUGCUUUUGUUACCUCCAGACUUGACAACUCCUAUGUGCUCCUGGCUGAUAACCCUUGUUCAUUCCUCAAACUUCCAAACCUUGCUACCCAUGUCCUAACCUGCACUAGAUCCUAUGUACCCAUCACCACUAACUAACUAACUUAUGUUUGCUCCCAGUUAGUAGUGCACUGGUCUUUGUAUUCCUUUCUAUUCGCAACUCCCAUGAUAUCAUCUCUACCUCUCUAUAAAUCCCUAGUCUCAUGACCCUCGCAUUCCUUCAAUCUUACAAUACUGGCAUCUGGAAUAUCCCCGAUUUUAACACUUAUUAUUGAUGGUUAUGCUUUUAGCCGCCUGCAACCCCAAGUUCUGGGAUUCAUCUUCUAAACCUCUCAACCUCGCUUUUCUCCUUUUUAAUACACUCCAUAAUACCUAAGCUUUUGUCUUACUAUCAUCUUUUGUUACUUAGUUUUCGUUUUGUUUUAUAAUUCUUCUUGAGAAGAACUUUAUACAGCAAAUGUAACAUCAUAAAUACAAGUCUGUGGAAUUGAUUUUGAAAUGACUUGUUUCUGCUAAAAUGUUAAACUUAUCGUGUUGCAAACAUGUAGGGACUAUCUCUUUUAAAUCAGUAUACAUAAUGUAAUUCAUGACAUGAAAUGCACUAGGAUUAGAAAUUGUAUGACAAAGACCAGGACAAGAAUUAUUUUUGCUUUGUUUAAUUCAUGCAAAUGAGCCUUGUCUUAUUCCAUGGGUGACAUGCUUUCUGAAUACAACUGGGUACCUUUGUUUCUAAUUCAUGUAGAUAAGUCAGAAUGUAUUCAGCAGGCAGUGUGUGAAUUUAUUUUCUUGGCAAAUGAAAUAUGAGAUGAGAUUCUUCAUUCAUUUGCAGCUUGUCUGCUGACUGGAAAAGUUGUGUUCCACUGCCUCUGGAGAUGACUUUCAUUUAGUAUAAUAAAAAUAUUUAUAGAUU